CUGCGUCGAGUUGUGCUAUCGAUAUGCGUCAUGCUCCUGGCCAUCGACUUAGCUUCCGUAUACUGGACGAGGAAAGCUCACAGGGCCGCCAGAGUUACGAGCCUCAAUAACUCAUUUGUCGGCGAUGACUUUCCUAGGCACCUCCCUCUCGAACAACCUCUCGGGCCUGCUGUUCUCACAGUAGAGGACACCGUACAUUACAAGCUGAGCGGAAAAGAUUCCAAUGCGGAAUGGGCCUCGUUGUACCCACCAGGAGGAGGUUUCGUACACUUAGGACCUCUUGACCGGCCGUUCGCGAUCUCUAUGUAUCAUCAGAUGCACUGUCUGGAGAAUCUGAAGCGAGCGGUUCUGUAUCCUUCCCUAUCCGAAUCACACAUCCAACAUCUGCACCACUGCAUCAACUAUGUGAGAGAGAUGAUACUAUGCACCCCAGACCUGACCCUGGAGCCCGAGAGCACGCGACUUCGGGAGGCCUAUCAUAUUCGGGGCAUUGAUGGGCUUGGUGUCUCACACACAUGUAAGGACUGGAGCACGGUAUAUUCCGCGGCGGAAAGUAACUAC